UCUGAAAUAUUUUAGCAACGAAAUCAAAUCUUUUUUUCCAAAUCAAUCAGUUUGAUUAAAUGAAGUAAUUUAAAACUAAUUAAACUAUAAAUUCACUUUAUGAAAUCCAGUUUAUCAAAUGAAACCCUCACUCAACGUCUUUCUUGUUCAUCUCUCUCGACUAGACUGAAACUGAAGAAGUGAAGUGAGUGAACUGAAGAUAAUCAAUUUCACAUUCAACCAUGAACUCCAUCCCAAAACCCAAACUGAAGCCGGUGAUCAUUCGAGAAGUGUGGGCCUUCAACUUAGAAGCUGAAUUCCAACUCAUCCGCGGCCUCAUCCAUCGCUACCCUUUCAUCUCCAUGGAUACUGAGUUCCCCGGCGUCAUCUUCAAGCCCGCUGAACCCCACAACCACCGCAACCUCCGCCCCACUGAUACCUACCGUUUCAUCAAGGCCAACGUUGACGUGCUCAACCUCAUUCAAGUUGGUCUCACCCUCUCCGACGCCGUCGGCAACCUCCCCGACCUCGGCACCGACGACUGCACGUUCAUCUGGCAGUUCAACUUCCGCGACUUCAACGUCACCCGCGACGCCCACGCUCCUGACUCCGUCGCCCUGCUCCGCAGCCAGGGGAUUGACUUCGCACGCAACGCUUCCGCCGGCGUUGAUUCGGCCCGAUUCGCUCGUUUGAUGAUGUGGUCCGGGCUUCUCCGCAACAAUGCUGUGAGCUGGCUCACUUUCCACUCAGCGUAUGAUUUCGCGUACUUGAUCAAGAUUCUGACUCGCCGGAGCCUUCCGGUUCGACUGGAGGAUUUCUUGAGGGUCGUGAGGGUGUUUUUCGGAGACAAGGUUUAUGAUAUCAAGCAUUUGGUGAAAUUCUGCGAUUCUCUCUACGGCGGUCUUGAUAGGAUUGGGCAGAUUCUCAAAGUGGAUCGAGUGGCUGGAAAAUCACAUCAAGCUGGUUCUGAUAGUUUGCAUACAAUGCAAGUGUUUCAGAAGAUCAAGGACGUUUAUUUUGACAACGAUGGCUAUAAGAAACACGUCAACGUCUUGUACGGGUUAGAGUUAGAAUUCAAUCCUAGUUUGAAUCACUUGUUUCCUUCACCCAACCAAACUUGUUCGAGUCGGGUAGUGCCACUUUACUACAUCCCCACACGCUCAAAUAUGAUGCCUCUAUUCAAAUAUGUACAAUUUGGCUAAUUGAUCUAUGUUAAUACGAGUUAAAUGAUUUUUGUAUCUUUUAGAUUUUUUUAUAGUAACGUUACUGCAAUGUGUUUGUUUGUUUAUCACUACAGUUAAGUG